AUGCCGGACUUGCUUCAAACGGCACCGUCAUUUGGCACACGGCAAGCAGGAAGCAGGAUGAUGCCACUGGCAGGGCUUCUCAGACAUUAUCCUGCCGGGAGAUUCACCCGUCAAUCAAUGAGGACGUUAGGUCCAGCACCCAACCGACCGUCUUUUCUGCAGGACAAUCUUGGACACGGCACACCCUCAGAUGCAUCUGCUGCUGGGCGCGGCUUUCCAGUUUCCAGCAACGGCAACGGCAACGCUGCUGCAGCAGCAGGGACGGCCACCAUUGGUCGCGGAAGGUGCAACGUGCAGAGUGCAGAAAGCAGCAGGCAGACCGCAGCAACAGCAGCGAACAAAAAAGAAAGGCAGCAGCAGCAGCAGCAGCAGAGGGAGCGUGGGCAAACGGCAACAGCGCAGGGUUCAGGGCUGCCCAAUGCCUGGCCCGUUCUUUCCCCAUCUUCUUUUGGGCCUGUUCCCAGCGUUGCGCAAUUGGCAGGAGCGACCACCCAAAAUGGACGGGAGGCAGGAAAGAGCAAGAGGCAGGCAGGCUCG